AAUAUCCAAUGGACAAGGGCCACAACCUAAUGGACUGAAACCUCAGAACGGUGGAGGUGUGGGGCGAAUGCUGAUGCCAUCGAAAGGUGUGGGCCAGGCAAUGGGUGCACAAAAUGGAUACGGCGGAUACUCGACAAAAGGCAAAGGCUACGGUGCAGCUGCUGGUGGGACCAAUGGAGGAGGGACCAAAGGCUACGGUGCAGCUGCUGGUGGGAUCAAUGGAGGCAUGAAAGGCUAUGGAGCAGCAGGUGGUGUAACCAACGGACAAGGUGGAAAACCACAGGGAGGAAAUCCAGCAGUUGCACCCAAUGGAAAUGGAGCAAAAUCUAAUGGAUAUGGUGUUCAAGCCGGCCCAACCAAUGGACAACAAACGAAAGGCAACGGCUACGGAGCUCAAGCUGGUGGAUAUGGCGGACAAGGAACUAAAGGCAAUGGUUAUGGAGCUCCAAACGGAAACAGAGGUUAUUUGAAUGGUUAUGGUGCUGCCGGUGGUGUUCUCGGUGGGAAUGGAGCUAAACCCAGUGGUAAUGGAGCUGCUGCAAAUAAUGGACAUGGAACCAAAGGAAACGGCUAUGGUGCUGGAUAUGGUGUACCUAAUGGAAAUGGGGCUAAAGGCAAUGGACAGGGAGGAGCUGGAAGUAAACCUAUGAAAGGAUAUGGUCGACCACCUUUUGGCACAAGUCCAGGUGUUGGGAUGGGAGCCUCCAGAGGUCUGGGUGUACCUCAGCUUGCCAGGAACCAAGGAUAUGGUGGUAAUGGUUAUAAUGGUUAUGGAGCUCAACCUGUGGGAGGCUAUAACGGUGGUUAUGGUAACGCUGGUUUGGGACUGGGACCUCGGUAUGGAAAUGGAGGAAUGAAGGGGCCGAAACCUGGUUAUGGCAAUAUUCCAAAUGGGUAUGGCGCCAAACCCAACGGAUAUGGAGCCACCAGAGGAGGUGCAAUGAGACCCCAGCCAGGUUAUGGAAAUGGAGCUGUUCCUAAUGGAAAUGGAGCCAAACCCAAUGGUUAUGGAGCUGCAGCCGGAGCGGGAGCUGGAGUUACCAAAGGCUAUGGAGCCAAACCCAAUGGUCAAGGAAAUGGUGCUGCACUUGGUGGAUAUGGAGGUAAACCCAACGGAUAUGGAGGAGCAAGCAGAGGGUCAAUACCACAAACUACCAAAGGAGUUGGAGCAGCAUUACCCAGUGAAGGUGCUAAAUCACUCGGCACUGGCUAUGGCGGUCCUGCUGGUGUACCUAAUGGACAGCUGGCUAAAGCAGCAAAUACUGGCUAUGGUAUGAUUCCAAAUGGUGCAGGUGCGUCCAAUGAAAAGGGCCUAAAAGGUGGAGCUCUCUCUCCUGAGCUGCCCAGUGCAGCACCAGAGGUUGUUGCAGCUCCAAUAACUCAGGGUGCAGCACCCGUUGCCCCCGAGCCAACGAGCGGUAUCCUUGUUAUGGUGACGCAAGAGAAAUAUCAAAAGCUGCCUUCACCUGUGCCACAAGGGAAGAGCUACAAACAGACACCACUAAUCCCUCAGGCUACACCAGAACCAGCACCAGCGUUUCCUCAAGGCAAAGGCCUAAAGCCUGCACCCAAACCCACACCUGAACCAGCACCCAUGGGUCCACAGGGCAAAGGUCCAAAGGUAGUCACAUCUGGACCUGCACCAGUGGUUCCUCAGACCAACCCAGCACCAGAGUCAGAAGCAGUCCCCCCUCAAGGUUAUGUGACUGGAAGUGCUGUGCCUGAGCAAAAUGGUGCAGAGACAGACGUUAUUUUCGUGGUAGACAGCACCAGUGAAGGGGAUGCUGCCCCUGAAAGCACCAAACCCCUGAAAACCAAAGCUGUUCCUGAAACAGUGGCAGCUAAAAGUUCAGGCAGCAUCACCCCUGAAGAGACUCUGGCUGUGGGUGUCCCUGAGGUCACACCAGAAGAGGCAAACAUCAAAAGUCAGCCUGAGGCAGGACCUGACAGGCUUGGGGUCAAAGGUCUCCCUGCAGGAGAAACUGGGGCAACUGUAAACGGAGGAGGAGCUUCGAUGUCCAAGGGACAGGGAGCUAAACCUGACUGUGGACCAUCAGGAGUACCAAAUGGGCAAUGGAUGAAAAUACCAAGACCUGGUUAUAAUGGAGGUACUGGAGCGUCUGCUGGCACAAACACAAAAGGUUAUGGAGCAGGAGCCGGUGUUCCAAACAGAUUCGGUGGUAAACCCAACGGAUACGGUGCCAGUGCAGGGGGGUAUUCAAACGGAGGAGCUAAAGCAAACAAACCAGGUUACGGAGCAGGAGGCUACACUGUCCCUGGACUCAGCAAUGGAUACGGAGCUGCAGGCCUUGGAUAUCCUUAUGCGGGGAAACCUAAGCAACCUGGUUACGGACAAGGAGCGUACCUUGGAGCUGGAUAUGGAAAUGGAAAUGCAUAUGGAGGAUAUGGAAAUGGAAAUGGCUACAGUGCUGGUGUGCAGCCUGACUAUGCAAGUCUUGGCCAGGGUGUUCCCACUGCUAAUGGAAAGUCAGGUGGUGCCAGACAGAUGCCUUACAGUGGAGCCCCCGUUGUUCCUGCUGGACUGGAUGGAAUGAGCAAGUUUGUGCCUCAGUCUGCUGGUCUCGGUCCAAAUCAAAAAAUGGGCAGCAUGUAUGGUGGAAUGGGCGGCUUGCCUUUUGGCGGUCAGACUCUGGGAAUGGGUGCAGAGAAAUCAAACACCAAAUACGGCAUUGGUGGGUUGCAGUUUGGUGGACAGCCCCUCAGUACAGGAACUAAUGGUGCAGGAAAGUAUGGUUAUGGUGGAAGCCCCUUUGCUGGAAACGGCAAAUCAUCUGGAAAACAUGGUGGUCUUGGUGCAAGCACGGGAGGGGAUCCUGCAUCCGCACCAUACGGAUACGGUGGGUUCUCCAAUGUUGGACAGCUUCUUGGCCUCGGCAGUAAUGGAAAUACAGCGGGCAAAUACGGUUAUGGAAGAAUGCCUUAUGAAGCUCAACCGGCUGGACUGAGCCCUGACGUCAAAUCUACUGGCAAAUACGGUCUGGCUGGGUCACCAUAUCAGCCUGAAUCUCCUGGACAGAACGGAAAAUCAACAGGCACAUAUGGUGGCGGUGAAGUUCCUUAUGCACCACAAGCUCUUGGUUUUGGAAGUGAAGCAAAAUCUGGGAAAUAUGAUAACCAGGGACCAUACCAGGCGCAGCCCCUUGAGUCUGGAUCUGAAGCCAGAUCUGGUGUAAUAUACGAUGCAGCCGGUUUACCUUAUGAGCCUCUUGAGACGGAUUCAGCUGGAAAAUCUUACGCGAAGGGAGAAGUACCGACACCAGCAGCGGAAGGUGAAGGGAUGUCCAUUGACAGAUAUGAAAAUGUAGGCUAUAUAAAUGGACAAGUGCAGCCAGAAGUUGUUGCGUUUCCUGCAGCUCCCACUCCCAGCCCCACCCUGGCCUACCCGUCCGUCCCGUCCUAUCUGCCUGUGGAGUCCUUCACACCUGAUGUGGUGCCCGCAGAAGGGGUUGAGCACUUGCCGGACCCUGUGGGCACUGAUGGCCUUGCCCUUGACUCCGUGCCUGCUACAGGAUCACUGGGCGUGGCUCAGGUGCCUGAGCAACCUGAUGACCUGCUUCAUCAGCAGCAGCUGCCACGUCAGAUACAUAUUCAGCAGCAUCUUAAACUGCAUUUUCACCCACAAGGAGCAAAGAAUGGCAAAUAUGAUUUGAAUGGCUUCUUUGGGAACAGUGGCUAUCAAGGUUAACCCUGCACACAACGACAAGUAUAAUCCUUCUCUGCCGUUGUAUAAUAUUUUUGAUAUCUAAUUGUAUAUUAUUUUCUUUUCUUCUGAUUGUCGAAUAAUGCCGAUAUUUUUGUGUUUGUAUGUAGAGAAAAAACAUGCAAACACUUUGAACUGUUUUCUGUUUAUGUAAAUUUUAUGCACCCUGCAUUACCUGUUGUCCUGCACUUACUGCUCACUGUACAUGCAAAGAAUUUGUUUGGGAGAGAAAUUGAGUUUGUCUGCUGCAUACAGUACAGUCAGUGUUAUUAUUGAAUCACACAGUUUUGCCUCAAAAUAAUUCUGUCAACAUAAUUCUGUCUUAUUUAUUUUACAUGGG